GCUAAGGGCUAGUUCAGACUUAAUUUUUUAUUGUUAUACUGAAACAAUGGACGUACAUCCAUGUGUAGAAAUAAGUGUAACGAAUAAAUUAUACAGAAAUAUUGAUUCUCAAAUGUCACACUAGUUGGCAACCCUUACGCCCACAACAUAACCUAAUUUUUAAGUCUGCAGCAUUUCCCUGUUUACAAAAUGUUAACAACGUACUUAAACACGCUACCUUACACAAAAUUCGUACUAAUAGAGGAUUCAGUGACAGCUAAAGGUGGCGAAAUUCUAGAAUACUUACUCAAAAAUCAUGAGAAUAAACAAGAUUAUCGCACCCAUUUGUUCGUAUUUGAGCGUAACUUUAAUCAAAUUAAGAAUAAGCAUCCUGGUAGCGAAUGUCAUGACUUUACAAGCGAUCUACGCAAUUGGAUGUCUUUGACUACAUCGGAUAUGGAAACUGUGAUUUCAAACCUUGAGGAGAAUUGCGUGGUUGUUAUUGAUUCGUUGGUACACGUUUUAUACAGGUAUGGAUUAUUGGGGGCAUAUCAAACUUUCACUGAUAUUAAAAAUAAGAAAAAUGUUCAACAGAUUAUUACAGUGUUGCAUACAGAUUUGUUAGAAGAUCGGGAUAAAGUCAUUCAGUAUUUCCAACACUUGUCGACAUUACAUAUGGAAUUGCAACCUAAAAGAGUCUUAUACACGUAUAAAAAAAGUCAACGGAAGAUUAUUAAACAGCUUGAGGAGUAUUACUGUGAUUCUGGCAAAUUUAUAACACAGCCAAUUAAGAAACCAGACAAGGAUGUUAUUCGUGAAACUGUUGAACAAAUCAAUCCAGAAAACAUGUCAACGUUUAAAAUAGGACUUUCAGAGAAGGAUAAAGAGUCAAGGAGUAAUUUAGUUUUGCCUUAUUUGCCAAAGGAAACUAACAGUUCUGAUGGAAAAAUCCAUUACGCGUUCGACGAUAUAGACGAUUGGGAUGAAGAAGACCCUGAUGAUGAUCUUGAUAUUUAGUUUAUAUGGUUGUUGGUAAAUAAAUAUAUUAUUAUUUUUA